AUGUACGAGCCCAAGUCGCUCCUCAAUGUGUCGCGGGUGCUGUCGCCCGAGGUGCAAGCGCUUCCGCACAUUGUCGAGUCCGUCAGCGACUUUUUGAUGCCCGCGACCAUUGACAGCGCCGUGUUUAACGACCUCACGCGCGUGGUGAAAGCUCACGGAGACUCGCGCGCCUGGACGGUGGCAGCAAUGGACGGUGCUGCAGCGAGAGGACGACUCGAUAUCAUGCAGUGGCUGCACGACACGCGAAGUGAAGGCUGCUCCACGGAGGCAUGCAUGGCGGCGGCCACCAACGGCUACCUGGAGGUGGUCAAGUGGCUGCACGAGCUGUACCCGGACUUCUGUCGCCCCGUGGAGGCGAUGACGGUGGCGGCGGAGAACGACCACGCCCCAGUCGUCCGCUUCUUACGGACGAGC